UCGUGCGAGCUUAAGACCAGUCGGACCGCGAAACAUUAAAAAUAAAUUAAAUUCGAAAAAAGAAUCGUUUAUUAAAAACUAUAAAUUAUGUUCUCCUUUGUGUGAUUGUGAUUAUUUUGUUAUCUGUGUCUGUGAUUUUUAAAAAGUUGGUUCCCGCUAAAAAUAUGGCGAAGUCUUCGCUCUUGAUACGGCAAACUUUGCUCUCACGUCCACGCCGGACCGUGACCACGUCUUCAUCAGGAAGAUCCUCCACAUCGCCCCAGCGAUGGAAACCAGCUGCGGCACCAGCUUUCUCCGUAGACCUCAAGCCCUUCGGAGAUAUCCCCGGCCCUAUAGCCUUGCCUAUGCUGAGGCAUUCGGCCCACGUGUUGCCGAGGAUUGGUGCUUUCCACCACACCGUGGGUCUCGGCCUGCUGGAAGGGCUACGUGACAAGUACGGAGACCUGGUGCGCCUAGCCAAAGCGUCCAGGACACGUCCAGUGCUGUACGUCUUCGACCCUGAGAUGAUGAGAGAGGUAUACGAGAGUGGAGUGACAGAGCCGCCUCGUUGGACGCGCUCGCCUCUCGGCCACCAUCGGAAGAUCAGCGGCUCCCACUGCCCAGUCCACGGAGACGAGAGCAACGCCAUCUGGGCAGCGAUCCGAGCACUGCUGCAAGACAACACACUGCUCCAGUGCUACGACAAAGCUUUUGACGACAUCGCUGCUGACGCUACACGAAGGCUAGGAGACCUACGGCACGCUGAGAAUGCCUUAAACGAGGAAUUGGAGACAGAAGUAUACCGCUGGGCGCUUGAAACCAUUGGUGUGAUGAUGUUCGGGAUCCGCCUUGGCUGCCUGGACGGAGUAGCGCAUAUCCCUACGGCUGAUAACAAAACUCCUGAAAAGACCUCCCUAGACGACGACACUCCAGACCGAUGCUCUCUAUCCAAGCGUAGCCUAGAAGAACUAAGUCCAGCAGAGAGCCUGGUGCGGUACGCGAGAGAAAUAGCUGGUGGAAACUACCUAGUCAGGAGCGAGGCCACUUUGAAGAAGGACUCGCAAGUCUUCAACAACGCCUUGAAAGCCCUUGAUAGACAUUACAGUCUCACCGAAUUCUUCUUACAACAAGCCACUGCUGAGCUGAAGUCCGGGACUCUAAGACCUGAACAAGCGUUCCUGGACAAACUGAGGCCACUUGAGGGAAGAAUACUACCGUUAGCCUCUGACUUCCUGCUAGCUGGGGUGGAACCGCUGGUCCACUCAGCCCUCAGCAUGCUAUACCAGCUGUCCCUCCACGCGGCACAACAACAAAGAGCCCACGACCAGGUCGCCUGGGCCAAGGAAUCUACUGACGCAGGGUUGGAGGCACCAGAAUUACCGUAUAUAGCGGCCUGUGCGAAGGAAGCGUUGAGGAUCCAUCCAGCUACUGGAGGAGUGGUCAGGAGAAGCAGAGAGGAGCUGGCUGUAGGAGGAUUUGAAGUACCAGCUGGGGUGGACAUAGUCCUAGCACACGGCGUGACCAGUAAAUCCGAGAAGCAAUGGGGCCGCUCCAAAGCCUUCAUCCCAGAAAGAUGGUGCAACGAGGGUUGGGAGCCUUUAAAGGCUUCCAGGGCUCAUCCCCUAGCCUCUAUGCCUUUUGGGGACGCCUGUCCUGCAACAGGGGUAGUAGGGAAGAUGCUGACAUCCCUUGCCACGAGGGUGCUAGACAAAUACAGACUGGAAUGGCAUGGGCCUAUGCCCAAUAUUACUACCACAGGAGUCAAUAAGCUACAACCACCGUAUUACUUCGUCCUACAGAAUGCUGCUUGAAUUGAAUUUUGGGUGAUUCUGAAAAAAUGUAUUUAUAUUUUUUGGACUUAAGUAUGGCUUUAUACGAGUACUUACAGUAGUACUAGUUCGAACAUGAAAACUUAGGCUGGGUUGCACCAUCUUACUUUAACUUUGACAAACGUCAAACGACGUCUGUCAAAAUCCAUACAAAAAAUCACAUCGGUUAUCGUUAUAGUUACGGUCAAAGUUAGGUGGUGCAACUGAGCCUUAGUGUAAGAUAUAUUUUGGCUAAUGAAAUUGUAAUCUGUGGUAAUUAUUUUAGGGAGACUAUUAAAAGAAACUAAUUUUAAAAAACAUCUAAAUAAAUAAUCUUCUAUGUAUCCGCCUAGAAUUAUUUGUUGUAGAAUUAAGAUUAUAAUUAAUCGAAUUAAAUAUUAUUGAUAGAAAUUAUUUUAAAUUAAUAUCAUGUUCCUUAUUAAAAAUAAAUGCUAAUUUUAUUGUACUGUUUUUUGCACAUUACAAUAAUUAAAUAAUUGUGAUUAAA